AUGAAAAAUUUGGUUGUGGUUCUAGUGAAGAUCCCUAGGAUAUCAGAAACAGUGCAGCCUUCCAAAGCAGCUGCACCGCAAAGACAGAGCAGAGAAGCUCCCUCUUCAGUCUCUGCCUUCACCAACGUCCAUAUCACCACUUCGGCAGCCCCAGAUAAGAGGCGACCCCUCGCUAUGCCUGCCAACACGGACAGGAAGGCUUCCCUGCCCCUCAUCGCCCACCAGCGCCAGCGGCUGGUGACCAAAGACGGCCACUGCACCCUGCGGGCCCCGGGUGCGCCGGGCGCGCCCGCCACCUGGCUGCUCUACCUGCAGGACCUGUGGGGCACGCUGGUGACCCUGCGCUGGCGCUGGGUGCUGCUGGCCUUCUGCGCCUCCUUCCUGGCCCACUGGCUGCUUUUCGCCUGCCUGUGGUACCUGCUGGCCCACUUGAACGGGGACCUGGAGGUGGACCACGACCACCCGCCCGCCGACCACAUAGUGUGCGUCAAGUACAUCACCAGCUUCACGGCGGCCUUCUCCUUCUCCCUGGAGACCCAGCUGACCAUCGGCUACGGCACCAUGUUCCCCAGCGGGGACUGCCCCAGCGCCAUCGCCCUGCUGGCCGUGCAGAUGCUGCUGGGGCUCAUGCUCGAGGCCGUCAUCACAGCUGCCUUUGUGGCGAAGAUAGCCAUGCCAAAAAAGCGGGGAAGUGCCAUCCAGUUUAGCCCAUCUGCCGUGGUAGGUCAGCAUGAGGGAGAGACCUGCCUGAUGUUCCGCGCGACGAACAUGCUUCAGCGCCCCCUGGUGGACAUGCACGUUAGUGCGGUGCUGUACCAGGAUCGUGGGGACCAAGCCCUGCAUCAGACGAGCGUGGAGUUCCACCUGGACCGCCUAAGGGGUCUCCCUUGCCCCUUCUUCACCUUCCCCCUGACCUUCUACCACCCGCUCAACGAGUACAGCCCGCUCUACUCAGUCCUGCGAGAGGGCAACCCUGCCUACUUCGAACUGGUCGUCUUCCUGUCAGCUGCCCAGGAGGGCACUGGCGAAAGCUGCCAGAAGAGAACUUCCUACCUUCGAGGGGAGAUCGAGUUCGAGCACCACUUCGCUGCUGUCCUGAGGCUGGACAAGCAGGGCCACUACACAGUGAAUAUGGGCAACUUCAAUAAACUGCUGCCCGAUUCCUCACGCACCAGGAUGGAAGCGGACAAAGAGCUUGUGGUUCAAAUCAAUGGAGACGGAAGUGACAGAAAGGACUAA